AUGAAGAACAGCGUUGCUCUUCUGGCCCUUGCCGCCGGCGUCAGCCAGGUCACUGCUACCGGCUGGAACAAGUUCCCUUCCUUCACCUGCCCCGAGAACACCGACAACAAGUGUGACGACAAGCAGAAGGAUGGUUUCUCCUGGGGUGACUUGAACACUGGAUCGUUCAGCAACUACGGCGGUUUCGACUUCAAGGGCUGGACCUGCGGAAGCGAUUUCUCCAAGCGCGAUCUUCUCGCUCCCCGCACCUUCGGCAAGGGCAAGGUCAUUGAGGGCUCUUGCGGAAGCAAGAAGGAGACCUCUCCCUCCUUCGGCUGUGGCUCCGGCUCCGGCUCUCCCGACAAGUUCUCCAUUGUCCACUUCGACGUCUCCGUCGAGUUCGACUGCGACCUCGAGUUCCACUACGACAUGCCCGAUGGCUCCAGCUGCAAGCACCGCUCUGCUUGCUCCAAGUCUGGAACCACUGUCAAGAACUCCCAGUGCGGUGGUGCCAAGAACGUCACCAUUGUCUACCCUGAGCAGCCCUCCAAGCCCAAGACCACCUGCGGUGUUGGCAUCCACACCAUCAGCUUCGACUGCAGCCCUCCCCAGACCACUGUCCCUCCCAAGACCAAGACCAGCUCUUUCGCCAUCGCCACCACCCUGAGCACCAAGACUCAUGACAAGCCCGUCAAGACCACCUCCGAGGCUGAGGCCACCUCCACCGCUGUUGUGCCCUCCGUCUCCAAGCCCACCAAGCCCGUUGAGGAGACCACUGAGGCCACCAAGCCUGCUACCACCGGCCCCUCCAAGGAGACCGAGACUGCUCCCGUUCCCAGCAAGGGCGAGACCACCUCCGCUGCCCUCCCCUCCGUCUCCAUCCCCGCGGAUUCGACCACUGCUGUUGUUCCUUCCGUCACCAAGCCUGCUGAGACCCCCAUCGUCUCCAAGCCCACUGAGGAGACCACCAAGCCGGUUGACGCCUCCGUUCCCACCGUCCCCAUCAACGGCACCCAGCCCGCUGAGACCGUCCCCGCGACCGUCCCCGCUAUCCCUGAGACCAAGACCACUGUCUACGACACCACCUCCACCGUCUACACCACCCGCGUCGAGACCGUCACCUCCUGCGCUCCCGAGGUCACCAACUGCCCCGCCAAGUCCCAUGCCGUUGUCACCGUCACCGUCCCCGUCUCUACCACCAUCUGCCCCGUCACCGAGACCUUCGUCCACACCCCCGGUGUUCCCUCCAAGCCCGCUGCUACCCAGCCCGCUGGCGUUCCUUCCCAGGGUGUCUCCUCCGAGAAGCCCGUCGCCUCGGUCACCGUUCCCGCUGGCCCCGUUGAGACUCUUCCCUGCCCCGAUGUCGUUCCCCAGUGCUUGAGCACCUGGAUGUUCUCUUCCGGCUGCACUGACAACUCUGAUGUCAACUGCUUCUGCCCCGACUCCAAGUUCGUCGAGAACGUCUUCUCUUGCAUCUACGCCUACGGUGCCAGCGACGAGAUCAUCUCCAAGGCUACCCAGUUCUUCCAGGGCAUCUGCGCUGCUCACAUUCCUGAGAACCCUGCCAUCGUCACUGUCCCUGCCACCAUCACCACCGCCAUCACCGUCUCGGCCACCAAGCCCGCUGCCACCAACCCUGCUGAGUACACCACCGUCACCGUUGACAAGACCAUCGUUGUCCCCUGCGUCACCUCCGGCACCACUGUUCCCGGCUCGUCCACCACCGCCGUCAUCAAGACCACCCUCGAGGUUCCCCACGUCUCCUUCGCCACCAACUCCGCCUCGGUCGUCGUUCCCGUCCCGGCUCCCUCUGCCCCGGCCGGAACCCCCGUUGCCCCCGGCGCGACUGCCUCUUCCCAGGCCCCAGUUGCUCCCUACCCUACCACCCCCGCCGCUGGCGCCAGCAAGUCCACUCCCGUCGGCACUGGCGGUGCUGCCGUCCCCACCACCACUGGCGUCGUUGUCGCCGGUGCUGGCAAGACCACUUUCGGCCUCGGUGCCGUCGUUGCCAUUGCUGCCCUCGCUGCCUUCUAA